GUGCACGUAACUAUCGUUGCCUCAGCACUCACUGUGACUCAGAGCCAAACCUGGCUAAGAAGCGGAUAAAGCGACACCUCCUAUCAGGAAGGCCGCAAAGGUGAUGAAAGCUUGGCGGCCGUCGAACACGACCUCCCCGCGGGCUCCCGUUACUUGUACCGCUGGCCUUCCCGUUCUAGCCAGCGAUAAAACACACCCGUAUGCAUACCCUAACAUUCACGUACAUGUAUACGAUGCUAUCAAACCCAACAUGGUUGAUGUUGAGUCGAGCGAUGAAUUUUCACCAGUGAACUGUGCACUCUAUGCUAUAUCUACUAGCCCACUCCGCUAGCCCGCGUAUAAGGUGCGUUUCGGUACGGUGAACCUUGUCACUUUUAGCAGACGACGGCGCAGAAGACAACUAAGAUAACGUCCUGCCAAUAGUAACACAUAGCGCUGGAAGGGAAGGGUGACAGCUCGCGGACCAAGCAAGCAUCAUUGAAGCAAGCGCUGCACGAAGUAUCUGUGAAAAGGUGUGAGUGUCUCCGAUAAAUAAUCCCACAUCGGUAACUCUUGCGUGUGAAUUCGACGCUAGCGUAGUAUAAACAUGGUGACUACUAAACUAGUGAUAAAGAAGAGACUGAAGAGCUAAAUAGCAACAUCCGAGAUCGCUCCCAACGUCACUACGCACAACGCCUGGAGCCUUGGAGGUGGUUGGUCAGGGAGAUUCGGCCAGGAGGUGGUUGGUCAGGGAGAUUCGGCCAGGAGAAGACUGAAACCUACAUUCACAGUACAACUACUACAAGCUUAUCCGAAGAACAUGUAUCAUCGGAUCGGAAGCAGCAGCAUGCAGUGUAGGCGAAAAUGAGAACGUCACGGUUCAAAUGGCAACCUCACAGGCGAUCAAAAGACCCAUGAAGUGCAUCCUGCCCGACAGCUUCCCAAUCCGUUCGUGCACAAGGACAAAUCCGAAGUGAAAGCGGAAAGUACGGAGUCCCCAGGUGCGCUGCGAGCUGCUGGCCAUUAAUCGCUAGCGGAUGUGGAGUACGCUACAACUCUCCGACGUCCCACUUUCGAAGAAGUAGCUAGGUCGUGCGCGAUCUUGCUCGAGUGCUCCUGCAGUAUGGGCUCGGGGCAUAUCACAAUGAAAGACUGCAAGGGCCGUACUACUACCAGCAACACCUCGAGCGCUUUUGGACAACAGGCUCGACAGCAGCAGAUCGGUGGUUUGGCGGACUGCUUCGACUGGAGCGCCAUGGCUACCGACAAGGGCAGCACAGUUGUUGCAAUUCCACCCCAUUAUUCUUUACCACAUUCCUUCAGUGCAAGUCGCCUGGAAACCUUCUCUGAUGAAGCAGAAGAGCCCCGCAGUAGCCUGAGUCUCAGCACCAGGCAGUGCAAGCCUACUAACACAAACCCACCGGCCGUGCCACCGCGGCGAAGCUCUCUGGACUCGUCCAUGUUCACCAUGACCAACAAGCACAACUCGUUCCCGCGACUGCAGCGCCCGCCCAGUGCAACGCCACACCGGGUGUCGGAUGAAAUCGUCGAAACACUAAAGCAGAUGCCACAGCACCGGUGUGGACGGCACGAGGAGACUCCUGCCCUCGCUGUUCGACGUAAUCCAACGGAGAGCACUCCGGUACCGCCGGAGAUACCCAAGAAGGGAGGAAAGAAAAUCCUGAAGCGAAUGAUCCCGUCACGGAGAAGCUCCCGGCAGAAUCCACUACCAACUUCAUUGACUGCUGCAUCAUCUACGUCCAUCAGUAGUAUAGUUAGGAAUCAGGAGACCUCCAUCGACGGUGAUCUACCCUCUCCAAAGAUGUCUACAUUCCGUCAUCAACCUACUGAGAGCCCAGCGGAAAAGGCACGAUCAGAAGCUCAAAAAUCUGCCACACUGCCAACGAAUGCUGAUCGACUGGCCACACUGCCAAAGAAUGCUGAUCGACUGGCCACAUUGCCAAUGAAUGCCGAUCGAGUGGCUUCAAGAAAGCAAAGUGAAUCAAUCACAUCAGUUGAUACUGUUGGACAAGAGUUGAGACAAUCUGUUACUUCCCUGCACUCAUCCGAGUCAACACAGUCUUCUCCAUCCUGUAAGAAAGUUAUCUUCGGUGCAUACCAGCAGAAACCGAGGCGUGAAAGCACGUCGCUGAGCCGGAAGGAAGCCAAGCUGGCUGCCCUGCGAUUGCUAACACUCAGCAAAGCUUACAAAGCGGCCGAGUCGGGCGACUCCAAAACUCUGAAAAGUAUCUUUGAAGAUGGCUCACCCGGGUAUGAGUUGUCAGUGACCGAUCGCAAUGAAUCCACGUCCACUCUGCUCCAUGUUGCUGCGGACCAUGGCAAUGUCGACUGCAUCGACGUUGUGUUGGCAGCUGCGCCAUCACCGCACGAUGCUACAACUCUUGUGGAUAGCGAGGGAAGAACCCCAGCCAUGGUCGCUCUUGAGGGUGGACACGUGGACUGUCUGAAAAGACUGGUGAUAGCCAGCAAUGGGGAUCUGGACACGGACGAAUGUGGCAACACCUUGUUACAUCAUGCAUGCUAUCACGGCAAGCACGCCUGUCUGCAAUUCCUCAUGGAGUACACCAAAGAACAUGACAAGGACAUCAACGACUUUAGCAACGACAAAGGGGUGACACCAGCACACGUGGCUGGUCAGCUUGGCCACAUUGAAUGUCUCCGCGUCCUGGUCGAAGGCAAGGCCGACAUCAUGCAGAAUGAUGAGGACGACCUGAGUGCACUGGACUGGGCAAAGAAAGAUGGCCAGACCUUGUGCCAGCACUAUCUGAUGACAAUCGAGUCAUGCUGGUCGCUGAACGAACAGCUGGAGUCAACGCAGGAGCAGCUGGAUAGGUCUGUUCAUGAGAACGCCUCGCUACGCGUGCAGCUCGCUGAGGCACGCCAGAGCAAGGAGUCGGCGCAAGAGGAAGUGCAGAGAAUCACGCAAGAAAGCAGCGAGAGGCUGUCACACGUACGGCAAGAAUUCGUCUCCAUGAUCACCAGUAUCUUUCAACAAGUCAACAAGAGCACGCCCAGCAACCACGGCACUACAGGAACGCUCCCACACUCCCAUGGAGGGCAGCAGCUUGCUGGUGGCUUGCGUGGCUCGGCAUCGCAAGAUAAAUGGAAAUCAGUGUCACUUCCACGGCCAACCAGCCGGGACACAAUGCCGGCUACAAGCCUAGCAGCAUUCAAGUCACUGUUUGAAUUCAAGGAUGAAAGUGACGACAGCUCAGACAAUGAGAGUGAUCAAGAGAAUUUGCCGAUAUUUAUGCACUCCAGCUCCUCUAAUUCAUCUGCAUCCAGUGCACGCGUGCAGAACCUAAUGGCAAAGACAAGAGAGCGAGUACGGGUCACGCGCAGUGUGUCCUCCGAAGUCAGCACAACGGAUCAGAGCGGAGACUGGGUGCCAGCGGCAACAGCAAAAGCAUCGCCACCGCAUCGGCAGACCGCUGUCUAGUUGCUCCCGGUGCUUCGCCUAAAAUGUUCUAGGAAGACAAUAUGUUGAGCACUUUAUUGAACCCUCCUUUGAAAGACAUUCAGCUUUACAACGGACUUUGUAGGUGAAGAUGAUUGUGUAUUUAGCCGCAUAGCUAAAAUAAAUUUAAGCAGGCCAUGUUGACCUAAAUUAAUUCUCCCUGAAGUCCAGACACAGUGCAAUCCUCCCUACCAAAGUAAGCCGCCCAAAGUAUCUCUGCUUUCAUCACCCUUUCCUUCUCUAUCUUCCCAGUGUAUGGCAUACCAUGCUGCAGUGAUUACAAUCAACAUUAUUUUCCAUUGACAAAUCACCAUGCUCAUAAUCAUGAUCAAACUCAAUCGUUAUCAUAUGCCAGCAGCUGGCUGGAAGCCCAGUGCAGCUCUUGAGGGCAACAUAUUAUUAAAAAAUAGUUUCUAUGUUUCUACGUUCACCUAGCUGGCAUAAAGCAGCAGCGAACAACAGCUCAAACUGCGGAGCACUCUGCUCUUUUCUUUUAUGAUCAUUGCUCCAUU